UUCUCACAUUUCAAGAACUGGUUACAUAUAUCUAGCUCAUUCUUUCAUUUCUAUAAUUCUUUUUUGGAAAAUAAUGUUGGGAAGCCAAGAGUAUAUUCUGUCCAAGAUUGCUAGUAAUGAUGGUCAUGGUGAAAACUCUGCGUUUUUCGACGGCUGGAAGGCCUACGAUGCCGAUCCUUAUCAUCCAACGAAAAAUCCUAAUGGAGUUAUUCAGAUGGGCUUAGCUGAAAACCAGCUUUCAUUUGAUUUAGUGGAGGAGUGGGUGAGGAACAACCCAAUGGCAUCCAUUUGCACUCCAGAAGGGGCGAGCCAAUUUAAGGACAUAGCUAUUUUCCAAGAUUAUCAUGGCUUGCCAGAAUUCCGAAAUGCUGUUGCAAGAUUUAUGGAGAAAGUGAGGGGCGACCGAGUCCGGUUCGACCCUGACCGCAUAGUAAUGAGUGGAGGCGCGACUGGGGCUCAAGAAACGCUCACCUUCUGCCUGGCCGAUCCCGGGGAAGCCCUGUUGGUGCCCACUCCAUAUUAUCCAGCAAACGACCGUGAUCUGACGUGGCGCACGGGUGUCGAGCUCGUCCCAGUCAUCUGUGACAGCUCGAACGGCUUCAAGAUGACUCGGGACGGGCUUGAAGCCGCAUACAAAGCGGCUCUAGACUCAAACACAACCGUGAAGGGCCUACUCCUCAACAACCCAUCAAACCCGCUAGGCACCGUCCUCGACCGAGAAGCUCUAUCAAUGGCUCUGAGCUUCACCAACGACAAAAACAUCCACUUAAUCUGCGACGAGAUCUACUCCGCCACCGUCUUCGACGAGCCCGGCUUCGUCAGCAUCGCCGAGAUCCUGGCGGAGUCCCCCGACGCCAACCCCGACCUCGUCCACAUCGUCUACAGCCUCUCCAAGGACCUCGGCUUCCCGGGGUUCCGCGUCGGGAUCCUCUACUCCUAUAAUGACGCCGUCGUCUGCUGCGCCCGCAAGAUGUCGAGCUUCGGGCUCGUAUCCACGCAGACGCAGCGGAUGCUGGCGUCCAUGCUCGCGGACGAGGAAUUCGUGGGGAAAUUCCUAGCCGAGAGCGCGGCGCGCUUGGGCGCCAGGCGCGCCGCGAUGUGCCAGGGCUUGGCGCAGAUGGGCGUGGGCAGCCUGAAAGGAAGCGCCGGGCUUUACUGCUGGAUGGAUUUGAGGCGGCUGCUGAAGGCGGCGACGUUCGAAGCCGAGAUGGAGCUGUGGCGCGUGAUUGUGAAUGACGUGAGGAUCAAUGUCUCGCCCGGCGCGUCGUUCCACUGCGCCGAGCCGGGGUGGUUCAGAGUGUGCUUUGCCAACAUGGAUGAGGAGACCAUGCGCGUGGCGCUGAGUAGGAUCUCCAAGCUGGUGGUGCAGAGCAAGAGCGGCGAGGCUAGGAAACAAUGCAGGAGAAGGAGCAAGCUGGAGAUCAGCUUGUCGUUCAGGAGGUUGGAGGAGAUCAUGAUGUCACCUCACUCUCCGAUGACGUCACCGCUUGUCCGAACAAUGACUUGAUUUUAUUAAUCCUACCUAUAUUUCUUUAAUUAUUUAUUUAACUGCUGCUAUAGUAUAAGGUUUUUUUUAUCCAUUUGAUGACAUGGAGGUUGUUUGGGAUUGUAUUCACUGUGUUUGUAUUGUUUGUACUGUUUCGAUGGUAUUGAUUGCUGGGAAACUAAUGAUGAAGCAUAUAUGAAGUUUAUAUUUUA